AUCUGAAAGAGGGGAGGGGACACACUGGAUGAGCAGACACUUCGAGGGAGGCGGACCGGCCAGGAAUACGUCGAGGGGAGGGCAGGGGAGCACCCCACGCCCCGGGAGUGAGGAGGGGUACGCGGGCCCAGCCCUCCCACGCACGCUCCGGCGAGCGGGCCGCCGGACUGCCCGCCAGAUGGACGGCUAAGGAGCUCACGUACCCGGACACACACAGCCGCGCCGAACAAAGGGCCAAACAUGCUCCGAGCCCGCCCCGUCCCCGCCUGGCGCUCGGGGGCCCGGGUUACCUGCGCAGAGCCAGCUGUGACAUAAAGAAGCUUGACUCCCCUGCAGGAGAAAAAGACCACCUGGAGAGAGCAAGCCCCAGGAGGAUGGGAGACUUGAAGGGAGAGAGAGGAGUGCAGCUGUCUCACAGCCACCCCAGCCGAGUAGCUGUGUGAAGCCGUCUUCUACCCUUAGCCCCAGUUGAGCUGGCUGCCAGAGAUCAGCUGCACCUGCCAAGCCCCGCCUAAGAUGCAGAAUGGUCCGUGCUCACGCCAGUCCUUCCAUGCUGUCUUCAAGCCCUACUCCCUGCACAUCUCCCAACCCUGACGGGGAGAACCCAAGUAAGAAGGUCCGCUGGACUUCUGGGAGGAGGAGGACGUCAUCCACAGACUCAGAGUCAAAGUCCCACCCGGACCCCUCCAAAGUAGCCAGGUCCCGGAGACCCAGCCGGCUGACGGUGAAGUACGACCGGGGGCAGCUCCAGCGCUGGCUGGAGAUGGAGCAGUGGGUCGANUGCGGGGGCGGGGGGGUGGGAACAGAGCCUGCAGGGGGACCUCAGGAGGAGCUGGAGGGCCCGUGAGAGACAAAGCUUCUCCCAACAGGUGAAGAUACACUUGCAGUCCCGAAGUCCGCCUCCGUCAGGUCUGGGCUCUGCCUCCAGUGCUCUUCAAAAUCUGUGCCAGGUGUUUUAACACCCCGAGGCGAGAUGGGGGAGCCCCUGACUGACUUCCGCUCCAGCACCAGCUGGCCAGGCCCCUCUGAGCCCCAUGUGAUUCCCAAACAGGACCAACCAACUCCUUCUGAGCCUGAGAUUGACCUGGAGGCUCUCAUGGAACUAUCCACAGAGGAACAGAAGACUCACUUGGAGGCUAUUCUCCGAAACUGCCCCCGCCCCACAGAGCCUUUUAUCUCUGAGCUGCUCAGUCAACUCAAGAAACUCCGGAGACUCAGUCGGCCUCAGAAAUAAGCCUUGUGAGACUACCUUCAGCAGACUUAGCACUGCCAAGCGUGCCCCGAACCUCUGAAUCCUGGGCUGAGAGGAAAUGGCCCCGUGGGACACAGACAAGGAACACGAAGGAUGACAAGGGACAUUUGGAUACUCCUGGUGUAUGUGUAGUCACAGCUGGGCUUUCUGGAAGCCAUUCCUGGCUGUUGCCCAGUACUUUCCUCGGCAGCCAAGUGGAUAAAGCCUUUGGGGAGUCCCAGCUGAAUGGAAUGUGGAGCAUAUCUUUCCUGAGGGAUGGGGAGGGGAGGUAAAGUGAUAAACCAGAGGGCCAGCAUCCUGAGCCACCAGGCUCUGUCCACACAUCCUCCGUCCAUCUAGCCAAAUUGGCCUUGAGAAUUCAAAGAAGGUCACAGUUCUCCUUAGAGCUCAUGAUCUAGCAAGGCCCAGAGGCCAAGCAGAGGGCACCAGACUAGAACACACAGCAUCUGGCAUCACCAACAACAGGAGCCCAAGUGGCAAAGACUAGUUUUGAAUCCCAGAGGAGAGGUACCAGGGAAAACCUAGCUGGGUCUGGGGACAUCAGGGCAGGCUAAACCUUCCUGUCCCCCUAGAUGAGUCAGGAAGCAUCAGGUUGAGGACUGUUGUGAGCUGGCUUCAGCCAGCAGCAGAAAGAGAAAAAGCCAGAGCUAAGCAGAGAGGUGUAAAGGGGAGGCUGAGAAGCCAGGAGUCGGCUCAGGAGCGUGUUGCUGGAAAGAUACUGCAUCUGAGCGGCUGGCAGGUUGGGACAGGACCUUGGGGAGGUGGCAUCCUUUGGGAGUAAGGCAGAAAGCGGCCAUUCACUGUUUGUGCAUGCACUGUCUGAGUACUACGGAGCCUGAGGGAUCCAGAUGGUGGGGCUUGGGCGCUACGCUGGGCUGCCCAGCGCUGGAUGCACAGUGCAGAUCAGGUGAACGAAUAUGCAUUGGCCACUUCAUGUGAGCCUCCGGGAUGGAUGGGGCUAUUCCUGCCUGGAGACACCUGCAGCGUGGCCCCACCUUUUCCCCCACUCCACAGGACUGGACUUUGAGUGGAAGUCCUGCUCUUGCCACCUCUCCUGGGGCCCAGGCUCAGAGCCCACAGGGUUCUAGAGAUAAGAGAUGCUGGACUUAAGACAGCAAC